GGGAAGCAGAGGGGGGAUCAUGGGCAGGGAAGAGAUUGAUGGGAUUUUUGUGGAAGGAGUCAAGGACACUGCAAGUACGCCUGAGCUAUGGCGUCGCUGUGCUACAACAAAGGCUGUGGGCAGAGGUUUGAUCCUGAGCACAACACAAAGGAUUCCUGCCUGUAUCAUCCAGGUGUCCCCAUCUUCCACGAUGCCCUGAAGGGCUGGUCUUGUUGCAAGAAACGCACAACGGACUUCUCUGAGUUCCUCUCCAUAAAAGGAUGCACAAAGGGGUUUCACAGCAAGGAGAAGCCCCCUGAGCCUGUUGGCCAAGAGGAAGCCUCAGACAAGCUGAAAGCCAAACCAGUGGAGGAGGUCAUAAUCCAAAGACCAAAAUCAGCUGAGAAGAUGCAGCAGGAAAGACCAAGCUUUGAUGAGCCAAGACAACUGCUGCCGAUUAAAGUAUCCAGGUCUCUGGAGCAAGCUCUGCAGAAACUGAACCUGUCCUCCAAGGACAAAGUACCUGAGGGCAGUUGUCCAGGUGAAGUGGCUGCCCAGGUGAGAGCUGGCACCACCUGCAAGAAUGCAGCCUGCAAGGCAAUCUACCAGGGCCCAGAGAGCAACAGAGAGGUUUGUACUUUCCAUCCUGGUGCUCCUGUCUUCCAUGAGGGGAUGAAGUACUGGAGCUGCUGUGGAGUCAAAAUGACAGACUUCAGCGCCUUCCUGGAGCAGCUGGGCUGCAGCAGCGGGCGGCACUGCUGGACAGGGAAGGGGGACAAGGCGGCGGUGUUGUGCCGGCAGGACUGGCACCAAACCAGCAGCCAGGUGGUAGUGACAGUCUAUGCCAAGAACCCCCUGCCUGCCCUCAGCAGCGUGAAAGCCAACCACACUGUGCUUGAGGUUCACAUCAUCUUUGAAGGGAAUAAGAUUUUCCAGGCAGAACUGGAUCUCUGGGGGGUCAUCAAAAUAGAGAAGAGCUUUGUGAGCAUGGUCCCUACCAAGGUGGAGAUCACACUUUGCAAAGCCAGCCCUGGCUCCUGGGCCAGGCUGGAGCUCCCUCAAAGCAGGUUGCACUCUUGUGGUGAGCAAAAGGAGGCUGCCAAUGCAGAGGAGCCUGGGGCAGUGCAGGAGGAAGACUCAGAUGACAGCUUGAGUUGGUCAGAGGAAGAUGAGGAGUUGGAGAUGAGAACACCGAGCAUCUGA